GGGGUGGGAGGGCGGGGGAAAGGUCAGGCCCGGGGGGAAUGAGGAAUUUCUGAUGACGGGAGAUGUGGGAGAUGUGAGGCAGGCAGGCCAGGCAGACAGUCUUUUUGGUGGUUCGAGAGGUUCCUCUUGGGUUCUCACUUGACGCUUGACGAGAGCCUCUUGUCACGCCUGUGCCGCCGCGCCGCCGAGGAAGGGGGAUCAUGCUGCUCCGAGCCGUUGCCAGGUCGCACGAGCGUGUCCUUUUUUUCCAGUUGUGCAUGUAUGGAGGGAGUAGAGGAGGACACAUGUGGACGCUCGUGCGGCUCUUUUCUUCCGGCUGGCCUCGUGGAGAGGAGAAGAAGAAGAAGCAUGGCAAGUUUGUGUAUGGAUUGGAUCGGCUCGGGGAACGGCUCGCGGAUCAGCUGGCUGGCUGGUGGGAUGGCUGGUCAUCUCGGAUGGGACAUGGAGACUUUGACCAGGCUUUGGACGAUGCGGAUAUUGCAAAGGACGGGUUAGAACCGCCUUGCAUGGUGGCUGGUCUUGGGAGGAUGCCAGGCCGCAGGACAGGAGCAGCACGAUAUUGGAUGAGUGCUCUGACUGUUCUUGAUGGUGGUUUGUGUGUGUGUGUGUGUGAAAGAGUUGUUGGUCUUUCUCUUUGAAAUUCUUUUUUGCAUCAACUUUUCUGUUGCUUCUCGUUCCUCUUGAGAGGCGAUGAGUCUGCGUUUUGAUAGAGAUGGUCAGAAACUAGUCUAUGGGGGCUUGCGAGGCGUCAUAUCAUCUAUAUCUCUCCAUCUCACUCUCACUGGAUGUCUCGCUGUGAGGUCAGAUGAGGCAGAGGAAAUUCCACAUGGAUCAAGACAUGGAGACAUGGCGGCGGAUAUCAUCUUCAAAUGAGUCGGUUUCGGAUCAGCACAUGGAUGGGUCGUUAUCGGAACCAUACAUGUAUGUAUGUACAUAGCCGUUCGCUAUUUGCU